AUGGCUUGUUUGUUUGGUGGAGUGAUUAUUAUUGAUCUCAAGAAGUUCCUAGAUGAAUCCUAUGACAAAACAGUUAAAAGGCAGGUUGAGAUUGAACAGAGGUUUCUGCAAAGUGAGCAGAGUGUAUCUUGUUUGAAGCCUCCCAGAAAGAAGAAGAAAUUGAAUGCCCCAAAGCAAGAAGAUGCAACUCAGAAUUGUAUGGCAGGACUGGCGGCACAAUUACAGCUGGAUCAUUUUAAACAGGUGUUUCUAGAUUGGAAUGACUUAAGUCUUGUUAUUCGAAGCAAAGUGUUUGAGAAGGAUGAAAUGGAGCAAAUAGAUAUACAUGAUGUUAAGUGCAAGUUGUGGGGUUUGCUUCUGCGUCACCUGUUUGGAGUGACACUUGGAAUGGGAGACUAUUCUCACCUCACUGUGGAACACAGUGCAAUGUUGCUCCGAGAACAUGGCUCUUUCUGUAAAUUUUCGAAUCAAGGAUUUGAGGCAAAACACAAAGACGAUAGACGUACUUACUCUCGGGCCACCAAUCAUGAUUCCUCAGGAGAAGGCCAAUCAAUCCAUCAAAUUUUGACGCACUCCUCUGCAGAAAAACUCCUUUGGAUAAGGCUCCAAUUUGUUCAAGCUCUUCAGUGCCUAGCAACAGGAAAGAAAUUUUCAUUUCGCGGCUGCGGAUGGAGUAAGCGGACAUUCUGCUGGUCUCAGGAGGAUGAGGUUUGGAUCGAUGUUAUUGUUGAUCUUUUUGUAAAGCUCUUUGGCGAAGAUUACCUAAACUACACCUACAGUAAAGACCAUGGGACACAAGUAACAGAAGUGUCAGAUCCCAGGAGGAGCUUUAUCUAUGAUCAUGACAAGUGGGAGGAAUCGUUUGAGACAGUCUGCCAAGAGAGAGCUGUAAGUUUGCAAGCAAGAAGAUCAGCAAGUUUAUUAAAACAGCUUGCUGAUACCACGGUUAAACAGCCUGAAGCAGAGUCAAAUGAUCUAGAUGGUGUUGCCCCACUUCAGUCUCAGCCACUACCUUGUGUCUCGAACAGUGACGAACUGAAGACAGCAGAUGUUCCAGUCCUCCAUUGUAGUGAUGCUGUUGUAGAAGCCUCCUCUCUGCCUGGUACAGAAACAAGGCAUAGUUCAAAUGAUGUAGAAGAGGUGGCCAGAAGUGAAGUGUGCUCCCCAGUUGCCCCACUAGUACCAAGAUGCAGGAAGAAGCUAGCAAUAAAGCAUGGGUUACCUUUAAGUAUCUCUGCCCUAUUCCAGAUUUCAGCAACUGGGAUAUUUCAAGGCCCAGAAUCUGCCUUUGUGGAUAACUUGAUGGAUGGUUCAGUAGUGUUUGAAGGUAGCAAAGUAAUUGAUUCAAGGGAUCUUGUUGCUUUGAGAGGCGGUAGGCCCACAUCAGAGGAAAACUACCUCACAAACUUUGUCAUUGAAAGUUAUCUUGAUCUGAUUGCCAAACAAGGUGCACUCCAAGGAUCAAAAGUAGAAUGUAUUGGUUGGGAAUGUUUUGAGAAAGCAGUGGGGAGACAGCCAGCUAAAGAUGUCCUUACACGUAAUGCACCCCUGUUGCAGCAAGAUAUUGUCCUUGUGCCCUGCAAUUCUGAGAAUAGCCGACACUGGUUCCUGCUUGCUUUAUUUCCUAAGCAAUUCCAAAUUCUGGUGCUGGAUAGCACGGCAGGAAGCUUUAUCAAGCCAACAGCCAAAAAAGCCAUCACAAAGAUGUGGAUGUUACUCAAUGAGUUGGAUGCUACCAUUGAUGCCAGUCACUGGAAAUUCAUUGCAAACAAGCCCACUGACAUUCCUCAACAGCAGAAUGACUUUGACUGUGGAGUCUAUGUUUGCAUGUACGCUAGAUGUCUGGCACUGCAGCACCUCAUGCCUGACCAUAUAUCCAGUGGUAGAAAAAUUAUGAUUCUAGAGCUGCACCAAGGACAACUCCAUCCCUAUCUCCAGUGAAGAUGUUUUAGCUUAUGAAUGAACAGAUUUAUGAACAACACUGAAUUUCUUAACUAAACAUUUAUUUCUUUUUCAAAGUUAUUGUGUAAAUGGACUUCGAUUAAGCCUCUCAGUAGUGUCAGAAAAUUUCUGACCUAUCUGUUAAUGAGGCAUUUGUUUGCCUAAUUGAACAUUUAGUGAAAAUCUAAUUAUUAAUCUGCUGUUUCCUUGGGUAAAUUUUACCUGGCACUGUGGAUCCACUGGGGCAUUUACUUGCCUGUGGUUAAUUCUAAUGAUUUCUUUUACAAAUGUUAAUAAGACUUUCAAACAGCAAUCAUUGAGAAUUCAAUCAUUAAUCUGCUGUUUCCUUGGUUAAAUUUUAUCUGGCACAGUAGACUCACUGGGGCACUUACUUGCCUGUGCUUAAUUCUAAUAAUUGUUUCUACAAAUGUAAAUAAGACUUUCAAAUAACAAUCAGUGGGAAUCUAAACAUUAACCUGCUGUUUCCUUGGGUAAAUUUCACCUGGCACAGUAGAUCCAUUGGGGCAUUUACUUGCCUGUGAUUAAUUCUAAUAAUUGUUUUUACAAAUGUAAAUAAGGCUUUCAAAUAACAGUCAGUGAAAAUGUAAUCAUUAAUCUGCUGUUCCCUUGGGUAAACUUUACCUGGCACAGUAGACCUACUGGGGCAUUUAGUUGCUUGUGGUUAAACCUAAUUUUUUCACAAAUGUAAAUAAGACUUUCAAAUAACAGUCAGUGAGAAUCUAAUCAUUAAUCUACUGUUUCCUUGGGUGAAUUUUACCUGGCACAGUAGAUCCACUGGGGCAUUUACUUGCCUGUGGUUAAGUCUAAUGAUUGCUUUUACAAAUGUAAAUAAGACUUUUCAAAUAACAAUCAAUGAGAAUCUAAUCAUCAAUCUGCUGUUUCCUUGGGUAAAUUUCACCUGGCACAGUAGACCACUGGGGCAUUCACUUGCCUGUGGUUAAAUCCAAUAAUUGUUUUUAUAAAUGCAAAUAAGACUUUCAAAUAACAAUCAAUGAAAAUGUAAUCAUCAAUCUGCUGUUUCAUUGGGUAAAUUUUACCUGGCACAGUAGACCCACUGGGGCAUUUACUUGCCUGUGGUUAAUUCUAAUAAUUGUUUUUACAAAUGUACAUAAGACUUUCAAAUAACAAUAAUUGAGAAUCUAAUUAUUAAUCUGCUGUAGUAUUUAUCCAUAAUUAUCUACUGCUGGCUCAAAGAGUAUUAACAAAAUGAUGUUUUCUGAAGAGAAAAAUUAAACAGCCAGAAGUACAUGUACUGUACAUGCAAUUUAUCUGUUGCUUUUGAUUCUUAUUAUUUAUUUAUAUUUUCUACAAAUCAACUAUUUGAAAUCGUCAAUUUUGAUUGUAAAUGUUGCUCUACUUAAGAUAAGUUAUCAGCAACAAAUGUUCUUUUAAGGAUUGUCAAUUUGUAAACAUGACUUUUGCCAUGUACAAGCGGAGAGCAAGCUUUCCUCUAUGCUGGUUGGUAUAAAUGUCUGGCCACUAAAUUACCUCGAAUUCAUGGGUUGCUCUUCCCUUGCCAUAGCCGACCACCAACGAUGCCCUGCAUGUCGGUUGCUGGCUCUGUUGGCCAGUAAACCCUGACGCAUUUGCUUUUGCUUGGGCAUUAGCAGACAUACCAGUGAGUCGACCUGGAUUGCAGUUGUCAACUGCCUCCUCUCCCCUGAAAGAUUUAUUGGUGGUGAAGGGUGUGGAGCUGUCAUUAAAGACUGCUUUUGCCUCCUCCUGCACGAAGCACUUCCAUGAAAAUUGGCAGGUCUUUUUUCCAAACAGGUGGUCUCCAGUGGGAGCGUUCAUCUAUUUUGUUCAGAAAUGCGCUUUUCAAACACUUUAAUAUCAGGUGCAAAAAUUGAAUGGGACAGUUGAAUCGUCCAAUUCUUCCCCACUUUCCUGCAAUGAAAUGUUAAUAGAGUUAUGUCACUAAGACCAAGCAAUGUGUACUCAAAAGAUAUUAUUGCUUCCUUUGGGCACAGGUAAGUCUGUUCCGCCUUUAUAGACUCCAUGGCGAAUAAACACACUGCUCGCGCAAAUGUCACCUUACGCGAGGAAACUUGGCACAAGUAACAGCACAUUGUUACAUGUAUUUGAGCUAUUUUAAGUCUCACUUUAAUGCCAGAUUCACACAUUACGAAUAGAAAUUACUUCACCAGACUAUUGGAUGCUUGACUCAAAAAUCAAACUAGUUAUUUCUCUUACCUGAUACUUUGGGGUGCAGAGCCGAGUUAAUGCUUUCUGCCACUCCGCUUAACCACACUUUAUACUCGCACUGAAGAGUUGAGCUUGGGGUUCCACGAUAAGGAUCUGGAACUGCAAUUAUUUCCUGCCCACCUUAAAAUGGUAGCUGUUUUACUG